CCGAGAGGGCGAGAGGUGGGAGACGAGAUUCUAUCGAGUGGAGUCCCGUGCUUGAACGUGUGAAACGGAGAUGGAUAUUGCCAGUCCCGGCGCCCUCCCCAAGUGUUGAUGUCUGUAUUUUUCAACGGAAUUCUUCAUAUUCUGCCGUGCUCUUCUCUUGCUCUGAGGUCUGGUGCACGAGCAUGGGAAACUUCUGCUUUCGCCGCACUCCAGAUCGUAAACCAUCAGAUGAAAAUCUAGUGAAAGAACCCAUUGUCAACGAAGAUGACGUCUUUGCGAAUAUUGGUCCAAAAGAAUCACCGGAAGAAAUUGAGGAAAAGGCUAGGCUGCUCAGCUACGAUGCCCUCAAAUACGAUCUCCAAUAUAGGCAGCACUUGUUCAUACUCAACAAUGUCUUCCUGGCGGUUCAGUUUUUCAAGAACUAUGAAAAGGAAAAGAAAGAGAUAGAGAUGAUGAAGGAUGCGAGAGAUCGAGAGGUGACAAAGAAGCUCACAUCCAUUCACAAGUCAUGUUACUACACGGGCAGCAUCUUCGAACAAGUGGAGAAUCAUACGAGGCUGCGCAAAAGGAAUGAAGCCUAUGGCAAGUACAUUGCACCAGCCAUGGAGUACCACAUAAACUACGACAACGUCAAAAUACUUCAAAGACACGAAUCCCCUACUGACUUCAAGCAUGGAGCGAGUGCACUGCAGUUCAAAAUGGACACCAACACCGAAGAAUUCCAGCAAGGUGAAGUUCAUCUGUGCCUCGAACGUGGGAAUGAUCUGAGAUCAAACAAUUAUGGAGGAAGUCGUGUCAGCAUAGGAUAUGACAGUCCAGACAAUAUUGGGAGUACUACUACAACAGAUGCAACUGUUGAUUCACGUAACAGGCGUCGAAGAAAACGUAGAAGAAAGAAGCCUCAAUUGGAGAAUCUCGACGUCAUCAGCAGCGGUACUACAGACUUGAGCAGCAGCAGUUCUGAUGAGCAGGAAGAGGCAGAAUCCAGUACGCUGUUUCCAAUUCUAGCAAAAUCGCCAUGGGCAAAUAGAAAACGAUCAACUAUGAAGAAGGCAAAAAGUGAAAGCCAUCUGACAGUGAACAAUGAAUCCAAUGGAGGGAGCACAAUCGAUUCUGGCAUCAGAAGUUUCCCAGACACUAAUGCAUCUCUCCCAGACCUCAAUAACAGUCAGACGAUGACAUCAGAGCUUCGCGGCUGCCUUAAGAGUGAAAAGAGACAUCUGCAAGAAGAUGCACGCAUCAGUAGCACCCUAAAUGUCAGCCUUCUAUCAUCAUCAGCACUGGCUCGCAAGUUUACAAUGAACUUCGAGGACAUUGCCUUGCUGCUGGGGGAUAAGAACCUUGCUUACAACCACACAUCACGGUACCAUAUGGUGAAUUAUGAGAAGCACAUCCAUGGAAAUGCUGCUCAUUACAGAUUUUUGCCCUCAAUUACUGUGCCCUUCUGGCCUGAUGAAUACAUUGAAUGGAUAAUGAGGGAGCGAGUACCAACAAGGGAUGUGCGACUGAAUCAAGUGUAUGUUUGGCCAACAAAAGCUAUGGUGGAAAAAGCCAUGCAUCUUGGUUGCAACCUGAUUCCCAAGCUGCCUAACAGUUCCUCAAACCCCUCAGCUACUCACUCAUGGAUGAUGAAUUUCACCAAGAUUGAAGCUUUCCUUAUGAGGACACUUCUCCAUUCUCAAAUUCGUUGUUAUCUAUUCUGCAUUGUUCUCUACAAGAUGUAUUUAGAAGACAUGAAAGCACCGCUUGUCAGUGCACACCAUAUCAGGCACAUUCUCUUCAAGAUGUGUGAGGAAGAAUUCCUACAAUGGCCUGAGGAACAACUGGCUGAGAAGAUCUUCCAACUCAUGGAGACCUUGCAUCGAGCACUUCAAAAACAGCGACUGCCAAAUUACUUUAUCCGGAAGAGGAACAUCCUGGAAAACAUUCCAACACAGCAAAUUCUUCGUUCACAGAAGCGUGUCUCAGAGAUGUUGGAAAGCUGGCCAAUACGCAUCUUCCACAUCCUUGAAGCUCUCAGUUCUAUAGAGCUUGCACCUGGCUUCUACCCCAGGUUUCCUUUUGAAAAGCUUAAUUAUUACCUCACAGCAGAAAGUUGGACCAUCAUUAAACACCUUCCACUAAUGGAGUCUUCUGGAGAGCAACCUCAAAACAUUCUAUCUUCAGAUGAUGACAGUGAGGAAAAUGUCCGCAUAGGAGGUGCCCGAGGGGGAGUCAAGCACAAACGCCAGUACAUGAAGAACAAGCAAAUCAUUCAAGAAAAAGCUGGAAUCAACUUCAAUGCAAAGAUCUGGCACUUGGAUAGAAUUAGACUGAACAGCAUUCUCCCCCUUUUCAUAGAACACUUCAUUGCUAUGGGUAAAAAGUCAAAUGAGUUCGGAGACCGAGGUCAAGCUCUUCUCUAUCUGAACCAUGCUGAGAACCUAGCAAAAUUGAUGGAAGAAGAAUGCAAUGAUGUAGACAAGACUAAGAAAUACAAAGAUGACAUCAGGCAGCUUCGGGGUGCCUCAAGGAGUGGGUCAGGAGACAGAAGCAGAACCUAUAACUUGAUAUGGAAGCAGGAGACUAAAAUGACCAGAUUAUCCUUUAAGAAUGACCAGGUUGUCUUCAGAACUCGACAGAAACAGGAAAAAAAUUCAAACCCAAAGCUUCCUGACCAACCUCAGCCAACAUCACGGCCAAAUUCAUUGAACCUCAACUCAUCCAGGAUGGGCCUUGCUAAAAGUCUCACUUCCAUCCCCUCAAUUAAUUCCUACUAUAAAGUAGAUGAGAGUGAUUCCAGUCACAGUGAUGACAACUUGAGUGAGAAUGAAGGAAAAGGCAACCACCAAGUACAAGUGCAUGCAGAUGUCCAUCCAGAAAAUGCUUCAAUGUCACAUGCACCAGAUUCAUCUCAUCUUGGAGCUGCCAACGUUAGGCACAUUUAUGGAUCUCAGAUGUAUCCAAUCAAAGAAGAUGAUUCUGAGAAAUCAUAUGAAGAGAUCCAAAAACCAGUUGUUGACAAUGUGCAGGUACAGUUUAAGUCUGCUCAGAGAGGGAGCCUAAACACAAAAACUCAAGGUGGAAAGAACUUGGGCAAAGAAGUGCAACAAGAUAAACUCUUCCCUAGGCAACAUAGGUACACAAGCAGUUCUGUCAUCAGUGGACAUCCAGGGAUACCUGAACCCCCAGGAGGAAGCACUUCUGAUUCAGAUGAAGUUACAGCACUGUGA